UGAUUUAAUCCUAAAAUGCUGCUUUCCAGAAAAAUGCAGUAUCUUCUACCACUAUGUUUAGUAGUUCUAAUAAUACAGACGUCGGUUGCACCGCCCGUUGAAAAGAAGACUGAGGAUCACAAGGACAAGGAGAAUGAGGUCAAUGACUCUGAUGAUUUGGGAAACGCGGAAUAUCAAAUGGAGUAUCACCGGUACCUGAAGGAGGUAGUUCAGGCUCUGGAGAGUGACCCGGAGUUCCGCACAAAGUUGGAAAAGGCUAACGAAGAUGAUAUACGUACGGGCAAAAUAGCGCACGAGCUGCAAUUCGUGGACCACAAGAUCAGAACGAAGCUGGACGAGUUGAAACGAGAGGAAUUGGAGAGACUGCGACAUCUCGCCACUAAAGAACAUAAUUUGAUGAACGGUCUAGAUAUGGAUCAUUUAAAGAUAGCAGAACAUUUGGAUCAUUCUAACACGCAUACGUUCGAGAUAGACGAUCUGAAGAAAUUGAUCGCUAAGACCACGAAAGACUUGGCGGAUGCCGAUAAACGAAGACGGCAGCAGUUUAAAGAAUACGAGAUGCAGAAGAAAUUCGAGGAGGAGGAAAAGAUGAAGGGUAAUACCGGUAUGAAGGAGGAAGAGAGGAAGAAAUACGAGGAGGAAUUAGAAGCGAUGAAAAAGAAGCAUAAGAAUCACAAACCCUUGCAUCAUCCUGGUAGUAAACAACAGCUGGAGGAAGUAUGGGAGACGCAAGAUCAUAUGGAAGAUCAAGAAUUUAAUCCUAAGACAUUCUUUUACCUUCAUGACUUGGAUGGCAAUGGUUUCUGGGAUCAGGACGAGGUAAAGGCUCUGUUCUUGAAGGAACUGGAUAAACUUUAUAGUGAAGGUGCACCCGAAGAUGAUAUUUAUGAGAGGCGGGAAGAAAUGGAAAGGAUGAGGGAACACGUGUUUAAUGAAGCCGAUCUUAAUCACGAUGGUCUCAUAAGUUAUCAAGAAUUUUUGGAACAAACGAAGAAACCCGCUUUCCAACAGGAUGAAGGAUGGCAGGGAUUGGAUGAACAACAAAUUUAUUCUCAGCAGGAAUAUGAAGCUUUCCAGAGGCACAGACAGGAAGAAAUCCAGAAAAUGAUCGCCAAAGGAAUGUUACCACCAUCCCCUGACACUGCACAUCUACCUGUCCAACAUGAACAGUUCCCACCGCAGUAUCAACAACAAUAUCAUCCGCAACAAGUACAUCCUUCACAACAACAGUAUCCAGGGCAGAUACCACCGCAACAGCCAGUAGUCGGUCACAAUAUACCACAAUAUCAGGGUCAAAUGCCACCGCAGCAACAACCCUAUCAACCUCAAGUGCUACCACCUCAGCAACAUUAUCCUGGUCAGAUUCCGCAACAACAACAGUACCAAGGACAACAACCGCAGUACCAAGUGCAACAGCCUCAUCUGCAGUUCCAAGGCCAACCUCAGCAAGCGCAGCAACAAUUCCAUGGCCAGCCUCAGCAGGUCCAACAACAAACCCAGAACCAGCCUCCACAGGUCCAACAACAAACCCAGGGUCAACCUCAACAGGUCCAACAACAAACCCAGGGCCAGCCUCAGCAGCAAGCACAACAACAACAAAUACAGAAUCAAGUGCCACAAAAUACUCAGGAUAACGUUCCGUCGAGCAGUCAAGGUGCCGCCCAAGCCAACCACAAUCUUCCACAACAAGAUUCGCAAUCUGUUAAACAACAAAUCAACCAGAACAGUAUACCGAAUUAGAUAACGCGAUACGAAUAGUUGAUAAAAAUGUUUUUAACUCAUUUCUUUUUAAAUCGUGGACUAGUAAAAAUAUCGGACAAUUCCAUAGUUCUCGAUUUAAAAAGGUUACAUGAGAUUCUUUAAAAAUUUAAAUCUCUUUCAAUUUUAGAAAAAUGCUACCAAAAUUACAUAUAUAUUUUACAGCGAAAAUAUCGAUAAUAAGUUUACUUUUGUAUCAUUUUAAAGUUUCUAUCGUUGCAUCAGCCGUAUUUAGUUAUGACAUGAGAAGAACGAAAUGAUAAAUUCUUUUCUUAUAAUUUCUAAAUAUAAAUUAAUUUUGUCUUCUUGAAUAGUCAACUUUACUUUCAUCUUUUUGGAUAAUCAAUUGAAUUAUUUAAUCAAGAUUUACAAUAUUUACCCAUUAUUGAAAAAAAUGCUUACGUAUCCAAAUCGAGAAAAUAACUAGACAGCUCACCGUGUGAAUGCUGCGUGGUUAACAAAGUUCGUACAUCGUUGAACACGUGCUUUCGAAAUAAUAUAAAUUAUAAUUAUUGUUGUGAUAUAAAUUAUAUACUAGAAAUUGUUAUUAUUAGAAUGGUAUGUUCUCCCAUUAACGAUUUAAUUAUGGAUUUAUACCUUUUGAUAAUAUUACAUUUUGUGGUUGUGAAUAUAUUUUCAUAAAGUAAAUGGAAAUUAACAAAAUGUAAGUAAUAUCAUUAAAUCUGCAAUAUAAAUUAACCAAUAUAUGUAAUAUUGACACUUGUUUAGUUAAGAAAUAAUUCAUAAUAAGUUAAAUCGUUAGUUAGCAAAUGAAGAUAAAAUGCCAUUCAAUUAGGCCACCUGCUAGCAAUUAAACAUUUUUAUCGUUCAAAUACAUUUACUCGGCAAGAAGACUAGACACUUUACUGGUAUAAAUAUGUUCUUCGAUAGGUUUCAUUUAUACUAUAUGUAUAUUCAUGAGUGUCAUAUAAUUUAUAAAUGAUAGCAUGUGAAUAAACUAAUUUAUCUUGACAUAUAUUUCACAAAAGAAAA